GGUUUCCAUCUCACGUGAUAAUUAGCAUAUUCGUCAUAAUACAUCGGAAAAGAAGAGAAAUUCGAAGAAAAAAGGAAAAAAAUGGCAAGUUGUGGAAGUACAACAUCGAAAAUAUGCUUGUCUGUCAUUGGAUUCAUUUUCUGGGGAGCUGCAGCAGCUCUGAUAUUUCAGGACCUGGUGUUAUCCACUACAAUCACUUCAGUUGAAUUGAAGCGACUAUUGUUUCAGUUUUUUGCACUGCUACUUGUUGUUCUAACAGCAGAAGUAACCGCUGGUGUUGUAGGAUACAUCUUCAGAAAGGAGUUGCACAAGGCAGUACAUGAUGGUCUAGAGGAUGCUGUGGACAAGUAUGAUACCAAUUCUACUACAGAGAAAGAUCAGAUAGAUUACCUGCAAGCUGAGUUGAAAUGCUGUGGUAUAAUGAAUGCCUCGGACUGGGGGACUGCUAAAUUGUGGCAAAAUAAGACGUUGGUACCCCACAGUUGUUGUAAUGUGUCCAAAGAUGCUAUGUGUGAUCGUCACAUCAAACCAGGAAACACAGAUAUCUACAAGGAUGGGUGUUUGGAUAAAUUGGAGAAGAAGUUUGAGAGGAAUCUUGUUUAUAUUGCUGGUGUGGCCAUUACAUUCGCCAUUAUACAGCUUCUUGGAAUGAUCUGCAGCUGUAUAUUGAUGUGUCGAUCACAGGAAGUGCGCUAUGAAAUCCUGGGAGGGCCUAACUCUGGGCUUAGAGUGUAAUGAGUCACAGUUAAAAAAAGUGCAGUGUAAAUAUAAAAAAGUCAGCAACAUUGAAAUGCAGUUUGUUUACUUCUGUCAAUUUAUAAUAUAUUAUAAAAUUUAGGGAGAAAGAUAUGAAAAGUUUUCACCUUGUAUUUUAUAAUGCCCCCCUUCGAAGAAGGAGGGGUAUAUUGUUUUGCAGAUGUCGGUCGGUCGGUCGGUCUGUAUGUAGGCCAAUCCGUUUCCGGAUGAUCACUCAAGAACACUUGGGCCUAGGAUCAUGAAAGUUGAUAGGGGAGGUUGGUCAUCACCUGCAGAUGACCCCUAUUGAUUUUGAGAUCUGUAUGUCAAAGGUUAAGGUCACAGUGACCUUGAACAGUUGAACGGUUUCCGGAUGAUAACUCAAGAACGCUUGGGCAUAGGAUCAUGGAAGUUGAUAGGGGGGUUGGUCAUGACCAGCAAAUGACCCCCAUUGAUUUUGAGGUCAGUAUAUCAAAGUUCAAGGUCACAGUGAACCAGAACAGUUAAAUGGUUUCCGGAUGAUAACUGAAGAUUGCUUGGGCCUAGGAUUGUGAAAGAUGAUAGAGAGGUUCAUCAUGACCAGCAGAUGACCCCUAUUGAUUUUAAGGUCAGUAGGUGAAAGGUCAAGGUUACAGUGACCCGGAGCAUUUAAACCGUUUCCAGACAAUAACUUGAGAACACAUGGGCAUAGGGUCAUGAAACUUAAUAGGGAGGUUGGUCAAGACCUGUAGAUGGUCCCUAUAGAUUUUGAGGUCUAAAGGUCAAGGUCACAUUGACCCGGAACAGUUAAACCCUUUCUGGACGAUACCUUGAGAACGCUUGGGCCUAGGAUCACGAACCUUAAUAGGGAGGUUGAUCAUGACCAGCAGAUGACCCCUGUUGAUUUUGAGGUCAGUAGGUCAAAGGUCAAUAUCACAUUGAACCAAAACAAUAGAGUUUUUGUUUACAGUGAGCAAAUAAUUUCUGUUCCUUGUGCAAUUACUGAAUGCAUCAAGGGGGGCAUUUCGUGUUCGACGAGCUCUUGUUACAUGAUGUGACAUUCUAUUGUUAGUUGUAUUUUAUACAUUUCUCAAGUUAUUGAUAGAUUUAGUACACUGUUCAAAGUAAUAGUUUUGAUUUUUGCAUAAUUUAAAGUCAUUGCAAUAUGUAGUAAUAGUUGUAAUAUAAAUGUAUUGUUAUUAUGUAUUUAGUGAAUGAUGUCUUUUUUUCCCCAUUCGUUUGGUCUAGAGAUAAGAUUUUAUUGAUACUUUAAUUACUUCUACAAUUUGUAUUUUUUGUAAGGUGGAGAAAAAUUUCGUUGUGUGAUAUGGGGGCAUUUCCACAGAAAACAAUAAGUCUGGAUCGGUAAUGAGCAGCAUUGAACUGUUUAUGAUUGGUAUACCAUGUUUAAAAUUGAAAUACAAUAUUGUAUUAACACAUCACACUCGACCUUUUGUGAAUUUUCUACCAGUGUUCAUUUCUUUCUGGUCACCAUGUAUGAAAAUAAAUCAGAGAGAUGCAAUAGACAUUUUGAGUGUUCAAAAGGGAAACAUGAAUGGCAAUGAAAAUCUUUUUCUUUUUUUCAAAUUAUGCCAGAAAGAAAUGCCAGGGGCCUUUUCAUGAAUCCUUCUUAGGGCAAACUUAGAACUUGGGUGCAAGGUGGUUCACCAAUAUCAUUUUAGGUAUUUAAAAUUAAUUUUAACUUUUCGGCUAUUUGUAGACCCUAAGCAUUACAACCUUAAUAGUGACGUCAUAAUAUGGCAUUAAGGACAUCUUUUAAAAAUGGUAUUAGUAAUGUUCAUUAGAGGAAAUGGAUGAUAAAAGUUGAUACUGGGAGAACUUAGGACAAAUCUUAAGAACUUUCGUGAAAUUGUUCCCGGAGAUCCUGAAAUCCUGUAUAUCAAACUGAUACAAGUUAAAAAAGAAAUUCAACAGAAAUUUAUCAAGAAUAAGUAUUUUAGUUUUGUUAUUAAUGUAUUCUUUAUUUUGUGAAUGUACUGAAUAAGUAUUUCUUUAAAGUAAGUGAUAAACAAGGCUUUCGUGUAUAGUUUGCUUAUCUAUCUUCUGUCAACCUUGUAAUUUUGAAUACUAGUAUUAAGUGCUAUGAUUUAUCAGUGGUGUAAAAUAAUUGUUAUUUAUUUUAUGAUUGCAAAUUGUGUGUAUGUUGAGUGAUUUAGUUUAGAUAUUCUAUGUAAAUUUAUCUAAUAUGGGAAUCACUUCAUUGAAGUUUUGUGAUGAAUACAAGUUGAUAAUUGUGUAAAUUUUGCUAGAAAAAUUUUACUUCUUUCAAAAGUAUCUCCUUAUAAAUAACCCUAUAAAAAAUUAAAACAUUUUACAGACAGAAAUGGAUAAACUUUUGAAAUUGAAAAUAAGCAUUGUUGACAAAAGUGUAUUACAUUUGCCAGCAUUUCUAGUCUAGACACUUGCUGAAAUAGACAAAUUUAUGUUGUUUUAGUUUGUGAAGUACUUUUCAUUGAAACAGAAAAAAUGCACAUGGCAUGUCUUAAUGGCUCUGGCAGCAGGAUCUAUAUUAAGUUAGAUUUGAUUACGACUAUUUGUCUCUAAUUAUAAAACUGAAAGAUGACAGUCUGCAGUCGCUUUCAGUCAUGUAGGGGAAAUAAACAGUUUGUUACCCUGGGAAAGGUACUACCUUGUUACUUCCCUUUAAAGGAAAUGUACAUGUAUGUGAUAAUUCUUUACCCUGAAUCUCAUUUUAUGCAACAAGUUUAAACUACUGAUUGUUUAUGAGGCAGGUUGUGAUUUUAUUCCGAAAGCUUUAAACAAGAAUUAAAGCUUUUUCUUUUGUUUUCCUUUCUAUCUAGAAACAAAAUUUUAAAAAUGGAAAGAAAACAAAAAAAUUAAAGGUUAUAUACCAUUUUUAGCUCAUCUGAUUUUUUUAAAAAAAAUGAUGAGUUAUUGUCAUCACUUGAGCGGUUGUCGGCGUCGGCGUCGGUGUCGGCGUCGGCGUCUGCGUCGGCGUUGCCUGGUUAAGUUUUAUGUUUAGGUCAGCUUUUCUCCUAAACUAUCAAAGCUAUUGCUUUGAAACUUGGAAUACUUGUUCACCAUCAUAAGCUGACCCUGUAUAGCAAGAAACAUAACUCCAUCUUGAUUUUUGCAAGAUUUAUGGCCCCUUUUGUACUUAGAAAAUAUCAGAUUUCUUGGUUAAGUUUUAUGUUUAGGUCAACUUUUCUCCUAAACUAUCAAAGCUAUUGCUUUGAAACUUGGAAUACUUGUUCACCAUCAUAAGCAGACCCUGUACAUCAAGAAACAUAAUUCCAUCUUGCUUUUUGCAAGAAUUAUUGCCCCUUUUGGACUUAGAAAAUCAGUUUUCUUGGUUAAGUUUUAUGUUUAGGUCAGCUUUUCUCCUAAACUGUCAAAGCUAUUGCUUUAAAACUUGCAACACUUGUUCACCAUCAUAAGUUGACCCUGUACAGCAAGAAACAUAACUCCAUCCUGCUUUUUGCAAGAUUUAUGGCCCCUUUUGGACUUAGAAAAUAUCAGAUUUCUUGGAUAAGUUUUAUGUUUAGGUCAACUUUUUCUCUUAAACUAUCAAAGCUAUUGCUUUGAAACUUGCAAUUCUUGUUCACCAUCAUAAGCUGACCCUGUACAGCAAGCAACAUAACUCCAUCCUGCUUUUUGCAAUAAUUAUUGCCCCUUUUGGACUUAGAAAAUCAUUUUCUUGCUUGAGUAUUAUGUUUAAGUCCACUUUUCUCAUAAACUAUCAAACCUAUUGCUUUAAAACUUGCAACAGUUUUUCACCAUCAUAUGUGGACACUGAACAUCAAGAAACAUAACUCUAUCCUGCUUUUUGCAAGAAUGAUGCCCCUUUUUAGACUUAGAAAAUCAUGGGUAGGACAAUAUUUCUAUUACACAAAAAAAAUCAGAUGAGCCUCAGCACCCGCAAGGCGGUGCUCUUGUUGUUCUUUCAGGUCAUUUUGUAAACAUUUCGACAGAACUCUUCAUAAUGUUUAUAUUUCAGGCUGUCCAGCAUUCCUAAAAUGCCUGACUUUUUUUCCCUAAAUUCCUGUUGUUUUUUUGGGGGAAGUACUUCAUUCUAAAUAUGUUUUAUUGUAGUUUUAUAGGUCUAUAUAGUGCAAGCACUUUUAUCCAGUUAUAGACAACUGACCAGCGGUUCCAUGGGUUCAGUCUUGUUAUCCCCCGACGAAAGUCGGAGGGAUAUAGUUUUGGCAUUGUCCUUCCAUCCGUCCGGAGCUAUAUCUAGGAAAUGGUUGGGAAUAUUUAUUUAAAACUUCAUAUUCAUGUUCACCACUAUGAGUUCUUGUGGCCCGUCAAGUUUCAGUCAGAUUGCCCAAGUAACACCAGAGUUAUGGCCCUUAGAAAUUUCUAGUGUUAACUAUAUAGGGUACUAUAAAUAUGGCAAUUUCUGCAUCAUAACUUUUGAUAUAUUUGACCUAGAACUAUGAAACUUAAACAGAAUUUAGAUCACCAUAAUGUGGUUGUGUACACACAAUUCCAUUUGGAUUUGUUUGUAAAUUAAGAGUUAUUGCCCUUUAAUUGUAUAAAAAUCCACAUAUUUGUACAUAACAAACUUACCAUUUGGUAGAAUUUCAUUAAAUUUCUUUCAUUCUUUUCCAUGAAAAUUUGUUGUGAAGUUGUGUACCCACACUGGUCACCCCCUUACCUUGAUCACACCCCUCCCUAUCCCCCCCCCCCCCCCCCCCCCCAAAAAAAAAAAAGAGUCUUAUUUAAAAAAAUUUAAACAAACUUCAUACACAUGUUCACCACUAUGAGGUUAUGGGGCCCAUCAAGUUUCAGACAGAUUCAAUAUAUCUUACCUGUUUUCUUCAAGAUAUCUUACCUGUGUUCUUUUAAGUUCAAAUGUAUAUAUUAAACAGCAACACCUGGUGCCAAACCACUCAAAGACAAUAUUUCGUUCCAGUUAAACUUCACUGCCAUGUUCAAGAUAUCUUACCUGUGUUCUCUUAAGAACAUCUGUUCUUUUAAGUUCAAAUGUACAUGUUAAACAGCAACACCUGGUGCCAAUCCACUCAAAGACAAUAGUUCGUUCCAGUUAAACUUCAAGCUCACAUUUCAAGUAACUGCAUUUAAUUUUGAAAGCUAAGCUUACUACAGUAAGCAUAUCCCAUUCAAAAUAAAUUCUUUAGUCAGGAUCAAAGUAUCAUACAUUUAUUAUGUACUCUUUUAAACAUUUGUUUUCUGUUAAAUUGAUUUUGACUAAUGAAAUUAUUUGCUUCUUAUUAACAUCCUUAACUUUUUGGCGGAUAUAUUUUUUUGCCAUUCCUCACCACAAACCCUUUCGGCGGGGGAUACCAAUUCAUCGAAUUUGCUUGUUAUUGGCUGUGACUGGAUGAUAUGGAUGUGAAUUCUGAAGGUCUAUAAUACAGUGAAAAUUCUUAAUUUUAGCCCAGAAAUAUCUGAGAAAUUGUAACAAAUUCCAAAUUUUAGCCCUAAAUUUCAUUUAAAAAUCACCAUAAAAUUUGCCCUAAAUUUUUGUCAGGGGGUGCUUGACAUCCUGAUAUUUGCUUUUUUAUUCAAAGCUUAAGUAAGCUUAUUGUCUCAAAUUGUAAUUUAGUUCUAGUGAUAUCCUGUCAUUUUGUAUUUACCAAAUGUCUUAGUUUCACUGGUAUUACCAAGAUUUUAUAUAAAAUUAUAAAUUCGAUUUAAAUUUGCAUUUUUUCCUACACUACAAAAUCGUACAAGAUUUGAAUCACCAAUCAUAAUCACCAUAUACUAAUAAUUUUUAGUUUUCUAUGGAUUGUUGGUGUUUUAAUGUUAAUGAACACAUUCAAACAGUAAGCUUAUCAGUGUUGGUGAAUUGUAUGAAGAGCAAGAUCAUUUUUCAAAGACAGUAUCGAUAGGAAUUCAUGUGCGGCCUAAGUGGAAGUCUGAUGCUAAGACAUGAUUGUUUAUGAUUUGAUAUUUAUAUUUGUUGACUUACUUAAUCUUACUUAAUCUGUUACAGAUUCAAUUUUCAUGCACCAGACUUACUCUCACUGUAUAUAGUGCUUUUUUCAAUAAAGACUUGUGAAGUGUG